AUUAAAAAACAAAACAAUUGAGAAUUAUAUGCAAAAUCACAUGCUAGUUGUAUGGAGAAUACAAAGAAAUAUAAACUAGUUCCAGGCUUCCAGGAAUUUAUAAUCUAUUUGGAUAGAGAAUGAACAAAAUAACUGUAGCACAGUGUAGUAUGUAUCAUAUGAUGGGUACAAUAAUUUCUAAAGAAGUGGCAGUUUCUGUGUCUUUGUAUAGAUCUUUGUGAGACUGUUAUACCAUGUGUGUAUCUUUACAGCUGAACAGCCCUCUCUCCCACUUAUAAGUGAUGAGGCUGUUGUUCCGAAAGCUUUGCCAAAAUGCCAGGCCAAGCUGAUAGUUGUAUGCAGCCCAGAGAGAAGAGAGGAGAUUAUCCCCCUUCCUCCCUGCCCCCACCCUGGCCCAUUAGGGGAGGGAAGUUUAGGGCUGUCCUGCCAACUUGACCCUGUUUACCAUAAGCCAACCUCCCAGAUUCAGGCCAAGGCCUUUAACUUCAUGUUACUACAGCAGCUAUGGAGGUGAAGUAUGACUUUAAGUUACUUUUGGGAUAUUACCCAGAGCAAAUGGAGCCAAAACUGUUGAUUCCAAUGGAUGAAAAUUAUCAUGAUCCCUCCUGACUUCCUAGAUAACAAUGAAAUUUCCAAAUGUUCCCACUUGAGUGACCACAGAGAUGGUUCUGAAGGUUUCUCUGUAUUCAAAGCACUCUCUAAUCUCAGACUGUCAUAGGCAAGGAAACUUGGAAAGCCAGCACUGUCUGGGCUGUAGCGGCCUUUGACUCACAAGGGUGCUGAGAGGACCCAGGUCCCCAGUUUCAGAACAUUUGUGCUCCUCAUCUACCCUCAAUCAUUCAAACGUCGACUCGCUCUCUUGACAGUCGGCUGCUGGAAUCCUCCCCAGAUGUGGCCCUCUCUCAAUGGUCACUUCUUCAGAUAGCCACCCAGCUCUGGAAAAUGAGCAUCCUCAAGAGACCCCAGAAUCCAACAAUAGCGUGUAUACUUCCUUCAUGAAGUCUCAUCGCUGCUAUGACCUGAUUCCCACAAGCUCCAAAUUGGUUGUAUUUGAUACUUCCCUGCAGGUGAAGAAAGCUUUCUUUGCUUUGGUGACUAAUGGUGUACGAGCUGCCCCUUUGUGGGAUAGUAAGAAGCAAAGUUUUGUGGGCAUGCUGACCAUCACUGAUUUCAUCAAUAUCCUGCACCGCUACUAUAAGUCAGCCUUGGUACAGAUCUAUGAGCUGGAAGAACACAAGAUAGAAACUUGGAGAGAGGUGUAUCUACAGGACUCCUUUAAACCACUUGUCUGCAUUUCUCCUAAUGCCAGCUUGUUUGAUGCCGUCUCUUCAUUAAUUCGAAACAAGAUCCACAGGCUGCCAGUUAUUGACCCGGAAUCAGGCAACACCUUGUACAUCCUCACCCACAAGCGCAUCCUCAAGUUCCUCAAAUUGUUUAUCACUGAGUUCCCCAAGCCAGAGUUCAUGUCCAAGUCUCUGGAAGAGCUACAGAUUGGCACCUAUGCCAACAUUGCCAUGGUCCGCACUACCACCCCUGUCUAUGUGGCUCUGGGCAUCUUUGUACAGCACCGAGUCUCAGCCCUGCCAGUGGUGGAUGAGAAAGGGCGUGUGGUGGACAUCUACUCCAAGUUUGAUGUUAUCAAUCUGGCAGCAGAAAAGACCUACAACAACCUAGAUGUGUCUGUGACCAAAGCCCUGCAACAUCGAUCGCAUUACUUUGAGGGUGUCCUCAAGUGCUACCUGCAUGAGACUCUGGAGACCAUAAUCAACAGGCUGGUGGAAGCAGAGGUUCACCGACUUGUAGUGGUGGAUGAGAAUGAUGUGGUCAAGGGAAUUGUAUCACUGUCUGACAUCCUGCAGGCCCUGGUGCUCACAGGCGGAGAGAAGCCCUGAGCUGGGGCAAGGGGUCAGGCAUCACCAGGGGCUGUGCCCCACUCACUGCCCGCCCGAGGCUCUGGGAGCCACAGAUGAAACCUUGAGAGAAUUGUGACUCUGUUCCCUGCUCUGCAGCCCCCUACCCUUCCACCUGGGAGCUGGGGAAGGUGUUGGGGGAGGAAGGAGAAUGGAUUUUUAGCUGUCCUUGUCCUCACACAUACACUUGAGGAAAACUUUCAGCCUAGCCCAUCCUAGCGUCUGUCCUCUUAGACAUAGCCCCCUUUCUGGGUGAACUAUGGGCUCUGUGCUCCUCAGGCAAAUUCUGAUCUCUAAGAGAUCCCCAGACCUCACCCAGCCUUUGCCUGUAUCUCUGCCCCUGACUCCACCCUAGAUAAUAGGACAACAAAACUCGAGAUAUUUUUAUUCAUCCUGUUUCAUGCUGUAUGAGGGGGCUGAGUCCAUUUAGUGACAUUUCUUCCCAUAAUGGGAGUGGGGAGGAGGGCCUUUGGGUCCCUGUGCUGUGUGCAUAUGAAGGGAGAAGGGGGUUAGGUGGAGGAGGAGGGCAGAGUGGUUAGCUGAGGUUAUUGCUUCUCAUGGCAAACCUAAUUAAAAUGACGGGAACCUCGUCA